AUGGCUCCUAGAGUAAUUGUCGUGGGCGGCGGCCUUUCUGGUCUGUCUGCUGCGCACACCAUUUACCUGGCUGGCGGCAACGUCGUUGUCCUUGACAAGCAGAGCUUCUUCGGCGGCAACUCUACCAAGGCUACUUCCGGUAUCAACGGUGCCCUCACCCGGACACAGGUCGAGGCCGGUAUUCCCGACAGCGUCAAGCAGUUCUACGAUGAUACCCUCAAGUCAGCCCGUGACAAGGCCCGUCCCGACCUGAUCAAGGUCCUCACCUACAAGUCCGCCGCUGCCGUCGAGUGGCUUCAGGAUGAGUUCAACCUCGACCUCACCCUCGUCUCUCGUCUGGGUGGUCACUCCCAGCCCCGAACCCACCGAGGACACGAUGCCAAGUUCCCCGGUAUGGCCAUCACCUACGCCCUCAUGCAGCGCCUCGAGGAGCUUGCCGAGAACGAGCCCGAGCGUGUCCAGAUCAUCAAGAAGGCCCGUGUCACCGAGCUGAACAAGGAGGGCAACCACGUCACUGGUGUCAAGUACGAGCAUGAUGGCGAGAUCAUCUCCAUUGACGGCCCCGUCGUCCUUGCUACCGGUGGUUAUGCUGCCGAUUUCUCCGAUUCCUCCCUGCUGAAGAAGCACCGCCCCGAUACCUAUGGCCUUGCCACCACCAACGGCACACACGCUACUGGUGACGGUCAGAAGAUGGUCAUGGCCAUUGGCGGUAACGGUAUCGACAUGGACAAGGUCCAGGUCCACCCCACUGGUCUCGUUGACCCCAAGGACCCUGGCUCCAAGUGGAAGUUCCUUGCCGCUGAGGCUCUCCGUGGUGAGGGUGGUCUGCUCCUGAACGCCGACGGUGACCGAUUCUGCGAUGAGCUCGGCCACCGUGACUACGUCUCUGGCAAGAUGUGGGAGGAGAAGGACAAGAACAAGUUCCCCAUCCGACUUGUGCUCAACUCCAAGGCCUCCAAGGUCCUUGACUUCCACACCCGCCACUACUCUGGCCGUGGCCUCAUGAAGAAGAUGACCGGCAAGGAGCUCGCCAAGGAGAUUGGCUGCACCCCUGACCACCUCCAGAAGACCUUCAAGACCUACAACUCCAUUGCCGAUGGCAAGCAGAAGGACCCCUGGGGUAAGAGGUUCUUCCACAACCUGCCCCUCGACAUUGAUGACGACUUCCACGUUGCCGUCAUGGAGCCCGUUCUGCACUUCACCAUGGGUGGUAUCGAGAUCAAUGACAAGGCCGAGGUCCUGAACCAGGACAAGCAGCCCUUCGAGGGUCUCUACGCCUGUGGUGAGCUGGCUGGUGGUGUCCACGGUGCCAACCGUCUGGGUGGCUCGUCUCUUCUCGGCUGUGUCGUGUACGGCCGUGUCGCUGGUGACACUGCUAGCAACUACCUCUUCCGAAAGGCUCUCCAGGGCAGUGCCGGCGCCGCUCAGCGUGUCGGCCAGAUCUCGCUGCACCUUGACCCUUCGGUCCCCAACCAGGUCACAGUCUCGUGGGGCGCUGGCGGUGCUGCUCCUUCCGGCUCCGGUGCACCCUCGGCAAUCGCCGAGCAGGCUACGGCUGCUGCCGGCCCCGCUCCCGUCAAGGAGGAUGGUGCCAAGGCAUCUAAGCCCAACGACCCCAAGUCGUUCAAGGUCCCUGAGAAGGAGUUCACUAUGGAGGAGAUUGCCAAGCACAACACCAAGGAGAGCGUGUGGGUUGUUGUCAAGGGAGUCGUGAUGGACCUCAGCGACUGGCUCGAGGAGCACCCCGGCGGCGUCCAGGCUAUCCUGAACUUUAUGGGUCGCGAUGCCACCGAGGAGUUUGAGAUGCUGCACGACGACGAGGUGAUCCCCAAGUACGCUCCUCAGCAGGUGAUUGGCCGCGUCAAGGGCCAGGACGUGACUCUGGAGCCUUGA